AUGUGGACCAGUGACGGAGCUUUUGGACAUCAUUUGCUCGGCAAACAGGAUGUCGACACGACUCUUUUGGAUGCCAUCUCCAGCAGUUCGCUCCUCUUGUUUGUAAUGGGCGCAAUGCUGCUGCGGGAGCUCAGGCUUUGGACCAAGCUAUUCUUCAGCAACGCGAUUCUCUUCAUACUCAAAGGCACCUGGGAUUGGAUGACUGUUCUUCCAGAUUCGAUUGGAUACCAUGAGUGCGAGAGGAGGCUGAAUGGUGAUCCUGCCAAAGGUCCAGUUGUUCCGGUUAUGGCCUACAUGAAACGUUUGGGAAUGCUUGAGGGCCGCGAGUAUGUUUCAGCCUUGCUUGAGCUGGAGCUUCAUGGCGUGGAUGGCAAGUGGCCUGUGAGAUACUGUUCCGACAUGCUUCUCAGUGGCCACACCUUUGCCGUGCUGCUGUACUCUUUGGCAGUGGCGGAUUUGGUGAGGCGUGCCACGGUUCUAUUGCCCGAAGGCAGUUUUUACAGACAUGUUUUCCGAUAUUUGAUUGGCUUUUGGGUCGCGCUCAUCACGAUCGCAGAUAUGUACUACAUUGUGUUAAAGCAUUUCCACUACACUGUCGAUGUUGUCAUGUCCGUUGUCAUUACCUUCCUCCUCUACACAAAUGCAGGAAUGGCGAUACUCACCCAAUGGUUUGUGUCGGGCGAAAGGCCAGACAGGACUGAGGAGCUUGACGACGCUGGAGAAAUUUGGAUACCACGUGCCAUGAUUCCGUGCUGCUGCUUUAACGGGUACUACACCAUCAAAUGGCUGGAAGACAAAGAAGUGAAGCUACGACAGGACAGAAACAAAAGUGCCUUGUGGGAAAGAUUAACAAAAUUUAGCGAAUCCUUGGUGCCAGAGCAGCAGUCCACGAAUGCGGAGGAACAGCGGGGACCGAACUUUGGGACCUUCUCGGAUGCGAAGGACGAAGAAUCUCGUGGCUGA